UCUAAAUGAACAGCUGUGAUGCUUAGAAAUAAUACUUUACACCAAAGUGGCAGUAAUCACUGAAUAGUACCUUAUAGUUUCUAUUUGUUCCUAUUAUUGGAACUUUAAUUGAGAAAUUGAGCUCUUCGUCGUAUGAAUCGCUAGAGGUUCCUUCAGUUGUGUAGUUAGCUGUAGCAUCUUUAGCAGUAUGAUAUCUCAUGAUAUUUCAAUUGUUCUAGUCCCAAACAAAACAACUAUAGCCAUCUUAAGUGUUCUCCCUUUGGUUUCGGCUGCCAUCAUUCUGGGUCAUCUGCUAAGAUAGCUAUAUCGUUAUUUAUACUCAAUAUAGCUUACUAAUUGAAAGAGCUUAUCCCACUGAAGUCCUUCUACGAUUGUUUAAAUUACAUUAAUGCUUUUUCCUCAGCAAAAUAGUUUUUGCAGCCUUUAUUACUACACCUGUCAUGAGUCAGUCGUUUGCCUUAGCAGUGGCGAUAGUUCGGCUCAAGUGUAGUCAGAAAUUAACUUGUGGCUACGAAGAGAUUUUUGGCAAAAUUCUUACGAAAAUAGAAAACACCGGAGUGACCAAACCAAACAAUAUCCAUGCAGAGAGGAAAAGACGCAAGAUAUCUCCUCGUAAAACCCCAAUCGGCGAUGAGGACGAUAUAGGUUUCAGUAGAUCUCAUGGGGUGCUUACUUUGCCUUACGAAGUGCUUUCCAUAAGCAAUACCAACGUGGAUGACCUCUUGCGAGCUCUCAAGCAACUCAUUCGCUCGCCAAACCAGUCCGACAAUCGUCUGCUUGUGAACUCGCUUAUCAAUCUUGUCAUUGACCAAAUCGAAGCCAUGUGCUUCGUCAAGAUUGCAACCAUCAGGCUCAUCAACGAGUGCACGGUGGCCCUGAUCGAGGAAGAAUCCAGCUGUUCACCAUAUUUGAACUACAAGCUUGCAGCAUUGAAAAAGAUCUACGAGGCCCUCCGACGGACAAUUAACCAAAACAUGGCCAAACCCGUCUACUUUGAAACGAAGGUGCUUGAGUUCUGCCUAUCUAAUGUGUAUCGCAUCAUGUCUCUCUUAAACGUCACCUUUGACCACGAGAGCCCGUCGAUACAGAAGCUUGUGGAUGCCAAUCAAGCAGUUUUCACCAAGUCCGGGUGCCUAAAUAGCAAAUACUUCUACAAACUCAAACUGAAGAGUGCAGCCAAGAUGCUCAUGCUUUUUAAUAUCUUGUUGAUACAUGCCUUCAGUAGAAACAAGAACAAAGUCCUACUAGGUUUGUUGAUCACAUACGGCGAUCCAAAUAUAUUACAUUUCUUUCAUUCACUCAGCUAUUCAGACGGGGGUAGAGAGGGAAAUAUAUGAAUGAAUAGAUU